AUGCGGGUUUCCUGGAUGCGCAAACGAGACCUCCACAUUCUAACCUCAAACAUCUUCACGUACACAGGGGACGCCAGAUUCACGGUCCUCCACCCUCAAGACGGAGACGAUUGGGACUUGAGGGUUGAAUAUGCCCAAAAUAGGGACGCCGGCAUAUACGAAUGCCAAGUUAACACUGAACCCAAAAUAAACCUGGCUGUUUAUCUUCACGUACAAGCAGCCCGUGCCCAAAUCACAGGAUCGCAGGAUCUCUAUGUAAAACGCGGAAGCACGAUAUCCUUAUCCUGUUCGGUGAACGUCCACGCCUCCACCGUACAAUGGUAUCACGGCAGUUCCGUCGUCGACUUCGACUCUCCGCGCGGCGGCAUUUCGCUCGAGACCGAGAAGACGGACGGCGGCACGACGUCCCGCCUUCUGCUGACGCGGGCGCAAUUGAGGGACUCCGGCAACUACACUUGCGUACCCUCCGGAGCGGUUCCGGCCAGUGUCAAUGUGCACGUGUUGAACGGUGAACAUCCAGCAGCAAUGCAAACGAGCAACGGAGGUCUCAAAAUUUCAUUUCCCAGACUAAGUUUUCUACCAAUUUUAUUAAUACUACAACUAAGAUGA